AUGGUUAGCCAACAACUUCUUAUAGGUAAACUCGCAUCUUAUGGGGUUCAAAAUCCCUUGCUGGUUCGGUUUGAUUCCUUUAUCAGCGAUCAACAUCAAAUAGUUAAAAUUAACUCUUCAUUGUCUAACGCUGCCCCUGUUAGAAGUGGUGUAAUACAAGGUAUUGUCUUAGGCCCUUUGCCCUUUUUAGUGUUUAUCAAUGAUAUUUGUGAAAGUUUUUGUGUCCGUAAGCCCCUUCUAUACGCAGAUGAUCUUAAAGUAGUAUAUUCAUUUUCUCCACAUGAGCUGAAAAAUAUGCAAAAUUGCAUCAGCAUGGAGCUUAACAAGGUAGCACAGUGGUGCUUAAAAUGGCAACUGGAGCUUAAUACGGUUAAAUGUGGAUGGAUAUGCUUCGGCGAUACAUCACUCAACCUAGACCUUACCAUAAAUGGGGAAGUGUUAUCUAGGUUACAUACAGUAGUAGACUUAGGACUUAGAUAUUCCGAAGACUUAUCGUUUACAGAACAGAUAUUGAAACAGACCUCUAAGUCUCAACGUCUAAUAGGUUACAUAACUCGAAAUCUUUACAACACUGAGUCAUGUAUUUUAAUGUACAAAGUUUGUGUCCGACCACUUCUAGAAUAUUGCACGUUUAUUGUUAGCAGUGCGCACAUAAAGGAUAAAUUAAAGCUGGAAUCGGUACAUGGACGAUUUACACUUCGUAUUCUUGGAGCUGAUUGUACCUUAACUUAUAAUUCUAGAUGUAAUAAACUUGGGCUAGACCCUUUAUGGAAGACGAGACCCAAUCUAAAUCUUAUCUUUCUCUUCAAACUACUUAAUAAACUAUCCUUUACAUCCAAUCACGUGAUUCAAUAUGCAGAAACUUCUCAUUAUGACAUCCGUAAUUCCGUGGCACUAGUGAAACAAACUUAUUCUAAAUCAUCUCUUCAUAUGAAUUACGUCACCUGUAAAUUUUCUAGACUCUGGAAUAACCUACCACAAUCUAUCCAUACGAUAAAACCACUCCCAUUAUUUUUUCGCUGUAUCGAUCCAUUUAAUGUUCUAGCACCUGUAAGUGUAUCUCAUACCGCAAGUGAUAUUAUAGGAACUUUAAAUGUUUAG